GGGAAGAACGAAAAACGUAAACGAGAAACAAAUUGGCGGGUUCUCUUUCGCGGGAGAACUCCCCGAAAAACCCUAAACCUCACUUUUGCUUCCCUCCAAAACCCUAAUUUCUUCUUCUUCUUCCUCGUCCUCUCUCCUUCUUUUCCCCUUUUGAUGCUUGAAUCCCCUCCCCAUCUCUCUCAAAACCCUAACAUGCGUUCGCUCCGCGAUCUCCUCCACCAUAGGAACCUCCUCAGCCUCAACAAAGCUCGUUCCCUGUCCAUUUCUCGAUCUCCCUCCUCAAACCUCCCCAGAGGAUCCAAUCGCUCUCACGAAUCGAAGCAUUCACACCGGAGAUUCGCCCUCACCGGAACCCUAGGCCGGCGGGAUGAACCUAGGGUUUGGUACAGCUCCGGCUGCCCCGAUGGUAGCCGUAGUGGCUGGGCUUCCUAUGAUCCCCUUUCCGAUCAGCUCCUGGAUCGCGAAGAUGAGAGGCGGAGUAAUUCCGAGGAGGACGAGAGAAGGUAUUCUGAAGGGGACGGGAGCAACGGAGAGAGCGCAUCUCCGGUUUGGGCGUUCUAUGAUCCGGUGGCGGGAAGGCUCGUAACUAGGGCAGCAGCCGGAGAAGAGGAACCGAGCAGGAUCGACGAGAAUUAUAAGAGUGGGAAGAAAUUUGUUAGGAAAGAUAAGAAUUUGAAAGAGGAUUUGAGUGUGAGCAAUGAGACGAGUAGGGUUUCCUCGGGCUUGGAUUCAAAUAUGCGGUCGCCGACUGCUAGGAAGAGGGCGGGGAAGGUGAAGGUGUCUUUUGUUUGUGAGAAUUGUGGCGCGAGCUUUGGGCAGUGGUGGGGCAAUUGCCGCUCGUGCAGCGCGAGUGGCACGCUAAAGAAGUUUCUAGAACCUGAAGUCAAUAAGUUGAGAGGCAUUGAUGUCUCCGAAGCAGUGGCAAGGGCAUGGCUGCCGCAGCACGCUGGAAGGUUGGUUCCACAAAGUUUAGCAGAAGUUAACAAGGACAGGGACCCAUCUGAAUGGCGAAUUCCACUAUCUGGACAUUUUGGAACAGAGGUUGGCAGAGUGCUUGGAGGUGGUAUCGUACCUGGCUCUUUGGUUUUAGUUGGUGGAGAUCCAGGUGUUGGCAAAAGUACACUACUGUUACAGAUGGCUGCUAUUAUAGCUCAAGGAUUCAACCGGAAGGAGCCUGCUCCAGUUGUAUAUGUCUCUGGUGAGGAGAGCAUUGAACAGAUUGGAAAUAGGGCUGAUCGCAUGCGGAUUACAACCGGAAAUCUUUAUUUGUACUCGAGUACAGAUAUUGAGGACAUUUUGGAUAAAAUCAAACCGCUCUCUCCUGAAGCACUUAUCAUAGAUUCCAUACAGACUGUUUAUUUGAGAGGAAUAGCUGGAAGUGCUGGGAAUAUUGUGCAGGUUAAGGAGUGCACCUCAACUUUGCUGCGAUUUGCUAAGCAGACAAAUAUUCCUGUUCUCUUAAUAGGACAUGUUACAAAAACGGGAGAUAUUGCUGGCCCUCGUAUUUUAGAGCACAUAGUUGAUGCUGUUUUAUAUAUGGAGGGCGAGAGCUACUCAACCUACCGAUUGUUGCGAUCCGUGAAAAAUCGUUUUGGCUCGACAGAUGAGCUUGGGGUGUUUGAAAUGACAGAAUCUGGCCUACAAGCUGUUUCAGAUCCUAGUAAUAUGUUCUUAACUGAACAAAACUCUGAUUCUGAGAUCUUAGCUGGAAUUGCAGUUGCUGUGGUUGUGGAUGGGUCUCGGGCAUUUGUCAUUGAAGUCCAGGCAUUGUGUGUAUCUGGCUCGUCAGCUGCACGGCAUGUGAAUGGAAUACAACAAAGCAGGUCUGACAUGAUAAUUUCUGUUCUCAUGAAGCAAGCGGGUCUAAAGCUGCAAGAUAAUGCUAUUUUUCUCAAUGUUGUUAGUGGAUUUAAGUUGACGGAAACAGCAGGUGAUCUCGCAAUAGCAGCUGCUAUUUGCAGCAGUUUCUUGGAAUUUCCAAUUCCAAAUGAUGUUGCAUUCAUCGGAGAAGUCGGCUUAGGUGGCGAGCUUCGCACAGUCCCGAGAAUGGAUAAAAGGGUGGUAGCUAUUGCUAAACUGGGGUACAAGAAAUGCAUCGUACCUAAAACGGCCGAGAAAACGCUUGCUUCACUCAAUCUGGAUAUUAGGGUAUUGGGUUGCAGGAAUUUGAAAGAGGUGAUCAAUACAGUUUUCCAGUCUGAAUAUAAUGCUUAAAAAGUGUGAUUAUCUUCAAAGGCUCAUUUACACUCGCGUAAUCUCUAUGUAAAAGACUACAUUUGAUCAACUAAUUAUUAUUAUUAAGCCAGGAGGUGGGAAAAGGUGAGAUGAUGCAGUGUAGCUAAUUGUGUAAUUGUUACUCUGUGGCCCUUUUGUGGUUAUUAUGCUCACAGAGUUUAAACGGGAUGCUUCAUUCGUCUACAGCAGCUUUUUUAUCGUC